UAAUGUCUAACACUCCAGCACUCCAGACUCCAGACCCCCCACUCUUCUUAUUUGGCAUCAGCGUCGAAAUCAUAGCCAACUUACAGACACGAAACUAUUCAAGGUUAGGAAUUGAAAACCUUGAUUGAAAACAAACAGCAAACAGUAGCUAUGGCGUAUUCGGUAAAUAUUUCGGUGGAAGCACCAAUUGAAAAUCAAAUACAAGAAAUCACUUAUGAUGGACAGGAAAUUUAUCAAGCACCACUAACACUAUCAGAACACUUGACAAAAAUAGCCCAAAAGAUUGACUUCAGCAAAACUGUUAGUGAAGAUGUCAAAAGAGAACAGUCUGAGAAUGGGGAAAAAAGUGAGGAUGAUUCUAAAGAUUCAACUUCGUUACAAUCUUCAUUAUGGCCUUGGGACAGUGUUAGAAAUAAGUUGAGAAAUGCCCUAACAGAAGUAUGUGUACUGGCGGAUGUCCUUGCUAUAGCAAAAGAAAAGAGAUACAUGGUACUUGAUCCUGUGCCUCAAGAUCCGCCAGAAGUGAAACCCAUGGUCCAAGUUUAUGCUCGUAAAAAAGCUCUGGCCGGUGCUGCCUCAGUGUUAAUGAUGGGUGCUGAUAGAUUACGAAACUGUCAAACUGAGUUGGCCAGGAAUCGCUCAACUCCAGAUUUUCACAUUGAACUUCUCAGGCUGAGGCAAAACUGGCGGCUUAAAAAAGUUUCAAACUCGAUUAUUGGUGAUCUGAGUUAUCGAACGGCUGGUUCCAAAUACACGCAAACCGGCAUGUUCGAAGUAACUAAAGCAGAAGAAGAUGAAAAAACCAAUACGACUCCCCCUGCCUCUCCAAAUCCUAAUACGACCACGACUUCCACACAAUCUCAUAGUGCAUCUAACUCUAAAUCAUCGGCUUUAAGGGUCACGAUUCCUAGUGAACUACAGGGAGUUGCAUACAUCGAAGUAUUGUGUCAAAAAGAUCAAGAAGACCUGUGCAGUGCAAAUAUCAAUUUGCUGAAUAGUAGCACAAAUAGUUCAAACGCUGAUAUGCACUGGCAGCAAAAAUUGGAAGCAGCACAGAAUGUUCUAUUUUGCAAGGAGCUUUUUAGUCAAUUGGCGAGGGAAGCUGUACAUUUGAGAGCUCCAAUACCUCACAUGGUCGUAGGAAAUCAGAUAAUGGCAACAGUACUUCCGGGAAUUCAAUUAAUAAUCGGCCUGUGUCACAGUACCGGAAACGACAAGAAACCGGCACCUCCACCACACAAAACCGAUCAUGAUCAUGUACUCGAACACUCGUUGCAUCAAUUAUUGAGAGAAGUGCAUCAUAAAAAUACUCAUCAUCCGUUUCCGCAUCCGUCUUCUGGCCCUCUCGGGCCGAGCAAACGUCGCUGUUUGGCAGGCCCAACCGCAGCUGAUCGAUACGAAUUAAUCGAAAUGACUAAAAGUCAAACUUUACUUGAACAAAUUAUUCAACAGGCUCAACACUUUUUUAUGCGUAUACGAACCGAAUACGUUCUCGAUACUAUUGCUAAAGAAGUCAAAGAUCCUCUCAUUGUUUCCCAUUGGAAUGCUCUCAAUUCGCCAACACAAUCUUGUGUCAAAAUCAACAUUUUAACGCACGGUUAUGAUACCGUUUGUCGGACUUCUCUUGUCGUUCACGUCGGCGAAAAAUCUCUCAAAUGCGUGUGCCGGGAUGGUCGGGUCAUGCACAUGAGCUACGAGCCCCAGGAACUGCGGGAUUUGAUAUUUUGUCAGAUUUAUCAACAUCAAAUAAGUGCGGUACAAGCCUUGGCAAAAUGUAUGGGCUGGCAGCUAUUAGCAAAUAGUUCUCAUCUUGGAUUGGGUGCAGUCGAGCCACUUGGGAAUGCUAGUAGCUGCAUUCUAGCUUCUCCCAUUGGCGACAGAAUGAUUGCUGUAAGGUGCGAGCCACAAACUGGCGUUCAAGUAGCUAUAGCCCAUUCGCCGAGAAAAGAUUUUUUCCCUGGUCAGUUGGUUCGCGAAAGGAAAUGGGAGAACCUGGGCGGUUCAUUCAAAGAAGUGCGGUGGGACAAAAUGGAGGGUAAAAAUUUCCUCAACAAGAUGGAAUUGCUGAUGGCAUCUCUGACGAGUUCGUAAUAAAAAUAAUAUACAUACAAAAAGGAUAAAGGCCAAGUCGUACGAGAUAACCUUUAAAUGACGUUUGUAUAAGAAAUGCACGCUAAAAAAAAUAGAAGCAUUUCACCCGGACAACAUUAAAUCUGUCAAUAAUAAGUAUUUUUUAUUUUUCUUUCGUUUUGUUAUUAUUAUUUCAUUGAAGUUCGAGUUAGUUGAUAUAACUUUGGAGGCUUAUGCACGAAUCAGUAUAGGUAGCGAAUAAUUUUUUUUAUACAUACAUAUGUAAAAAAUGAGUUUAUUCAAUAUAAUGAAAAAGACAGUAUGAAUGAGUAAUAAAUGUACGGUUUAAAUAUUGAGGAGAUUAUCGUGAAAUUAUGUGAAAAAAGGUGUGUGAAAUUCAUGAAAUAUAUAUAUGACUGGCAAUGACUGAAA